AGAAUCCGACGACGUAACCAAUCGGAAGGUCGGGAAUGGGUGAUUGACGUCGCACAGUAACGCCGCCCCCCUGCCUUGUCCACGCGAGUGUUUCCGAUGGCGGUCCGCGCGUGCGCGCUGCGUCGAUUCGCGAAAUUUCCCGAACUUGCCGGAAUAUUCUGGCGGCGGUCUGCAGGCGAUCUGGCCAAGCGGAGGUAGUCCUGUACACAACCCGAACCGGCUGGCUGGUUAUCGCUCAUUCAUAACCACCAUGUCCGUGCUGUGUUACAACAAAGGUUGUGGACAGCGGUUUGACCCAGAUCAGAAUCCUGAUGACGCCUGCACCUACCACCCUGGUGUCCCCGUCUUCCACGACGCGUUGAAGGGGUGGUCUUGCUGUAAAAGACGGACAACCGACUUCUCUGAUUUCUUAAGCAUCGCAGGCUGUACCAAAGGACCACAUAAUGAGGAGAAACCCCCUGAGCCAGUAAAACCCGAUGUUAAGACCUCAGGGGAGAAAAAGGACCUGGAAGACCUAAAACCAAAGUUUGAUGAAUAUGUCAUUCAGGCGCCCAAACCGCUAGAGUCCAUCAGUCGUCCGAGCCCGGAUGAGCCCUUUGUAAGGUUACAGCAAAAGGUGGCAUCUUCACUGAAGCAAUCUUUGGAAAAUCUGAAGCUAACAGAAGCCAACGAGCCGGAUAAAAAUGAGGAAGAAGGAGAUGAAAUUAAGGUUGGAACAUCAUGUAAAAAUGGAGGCUGUUCGAAGACAUUCACUGGCACAGAAAGCAAUGAGGAUGUGUGCCUGUUUCACCCAGGGGUGCCCAUUUUUCAUGAAGGGAUGAAGUACUGGAGCUGCUGCAAACGGAAGACCUCAGACUUCAACACUUUUCUGUCCCAAGAGGGCUGCACUAAGGGGGCUCACUUGUGGAAGAAGCAGGAUACUGGGAAAAAGGUGGUGCCUUGUCGGUUUGACUGGCAUCAGACAGGGGGCCAAGUGAUAAUCUCUGUGUAUGCGAAGAACUCCAUUCCAGAGCUGAGCUGUGUGGAGGCCAAUAGUACUGUGCUGAAGAUCCACAUUAUAUUUGAAGGUGACAAGGAAUUUGAACAAGAAAUCAGCUUGUGGGGUGUGAUCGAUGUAAGUAAAAGUGCGAUGAACAUGAUGGCAUCUAAGAUCGAGAUCACCAUGAAGAAAGCGGAGCCCAUGAUGUGGGCUCGGCUGGACCUGCCUCCGGCGACGAGCCCACCUCAGGACAAAGAGAUGGAUGGCUGAGUGCCGCACGAGACAGAACGACGACACCACCAGGACCGUCCCCUGCUUUCCUGCAUUCUGUACUGUCUCUGAACAAAGGAUUCCAGCUGUCACUGGCUGGCGUCUCUCUGUAGGCCUCUUGCCAAACGGGCCACCCUGCUGUAAUUCUCAUUUGCGGUUACAUGUAGAAGAACACUUCAGUUAGUCAGGUUUCCCCUCACAUACUCAUGUUUUCCGUAUUGUCUUUAUUUUUUACUUGUAUCCUUUCACAGUCCCAUCAUACCUUUGCAGUAUUUUUAGUAAAACUGCACAAUCUGUCUUGGUGUCUCUGCUGUUGGAGUAGAAGUUAGGGAUGAAGAGAGAUGGCAUGGCGACAGUGAGCAUGCCUAUUCACUGGCCUUUGCCAGUGGCUCACUGGUGGGACCACAGAAUCUGCACACUGCAACUUGUACUGUUUUCAGUUACUAGCUGUUAAAGAGAAGCAUGGAGGCCUGUAGAUGUAGGAGUGUUUUGGUCACUGCAAAGACGCAUGGCAAAUGUUUUGCAUAGUUACAAAAUGCUUCAACAUACUGUAUAUUAUGGGUUGUCCUGCCCUCUCUCUCAUGCUUUGGCCUCUAUUGCUUUUGUGAUCUUGGAUGCUUUGCUGCUCUUUCAGUUUUUAAAGCAAAAUUUUCCCUACAGCUCAAAGAUGUUUUUUUUUUUGACAAUUGCAUGUGUUUCUCAAGUGUUUGUUGUGUCCUGCUGGAUACAGAGCUGAUUAGGUAAUUAGGUAAGUUUAAUUAUAUUCCACUCUCAAUCAGGUCAGAUAUCUACAAGCAAUGCACCAGGUAAUCCUUUAUUUGUAAAAGCAUUUAGGCACCAUUUGAUAUUUGUUUUAUGUUUUGUUGGGCUUGGACUGCAGGAUGGUUUCUUUCUUUUCCAUGAAAAGCCAGAGUCCCAGAGUGAAUGGAUCUGCAGAUGGGUAACCUGUAUCCGCCGGUAACCUGUGUCUGCCUGUAGCCAGUUCUACCGCCAUGUUAAGACAGUCAUCAAAUGUGUGUAGAGCAGGCGUGGCCAGUCUUGUCCAGCUAUGGUUAUUGAGUUUGUGGGUUUUUGCUGCAACUCCCUAAUUAGAUUAUUAAUUAGAGGACUGAUUAGCUGAAGAAUUCGCACACCUGAUUAUGAGCAGCUGACCCAAACCAUCCCCCUAAAACCUGCAUACACACUGGCUCUUUGUGGAUAAGGUUGGCCACUCUUGGUCUUGAGCAAUAUAACACAUCUUGAUGAUGGAGCGCAGUGCUAAGACUGAAGGCAGAGUUCUGUCUGGACGUUUUUAUUGGCUUUACAUGUAAGGGGGUGCAGUACUAAAAGUCUGCUUUGGUAAUUGGGGGGAGGGAGAGAGUUUUAUGUUUGGAUUUGAUGUUCAUGAAAUGUCUUGACAGUUUCGUGGACAUUUCAUCUUCUGUCAUAAAUUUAACCAUGUUUGAAUAAAUACUACUCAGAUUUUA